AUGAGUGCGGAAGGGUCCUCCCUGUACGGCGGCGGCGGCGGUGGUCUGUCUGUGCCCACGAGCGAUGCAGCUUCGCCGUGCAACGUUGGCGCAUACGGCAGUGCGACUUCGCCAUCGACUGCCUCGCUCUCGCCCUCUUCCGGCACCGUAUCGGUAGGCAAGGGCACCUGUCGCAGCUCGCCUGGCAGUGUGGCUAACCUGCUUGCGCUGACGGAGCUGCGCAAGGCCGCGUGGGCGCGCAUCUACACGAGCGGAAUCUCGACUGGCGACGCAGCGAUCUCAACCACGCGCAUUCCAUCGUGGAAGCAAUUCGACGCACUCAUGAUCCGGCGCCACCGUCACAUCGCCGUCGAUCCUCGCGACAAUCGUACACUGGGUUGGAUUGCGUGCUUCCACCCAUACCCGCAACAUGCGUGUCUGUACGACGAUGCCGACGCCCCCUCGCACCCCACGGUCGACGGGAGGGAAGGCCGCGUUGCCGAGAUCCAAAUCAUGAUUGCCGAGGCCGAACGUCGUCGUGGGGUGGGAGCGUUUCUGGUCAAGGCACUGCUGGCGCUGCUCGGGGCCGAUACGAGGUACUCGACCGUGCAGGCGAGCUUCUUCCCCGAAAACAAGGCGUGCUUCAAACUGCUCGAGCGGUGCGGAUUCGAAAUGGCCGCCACAAGGCGCAACGUCGCAAAGAUGCUCGAUGGUCCGCGCGCAGGCGAUUGGAGAGACCUCGUCACCAUGGAACUCAAGCUACCUCCAUUGCCCACCCUUCCCACCCCGGCAGCCCACCCCAACCGCACGCUUUCGCCCACGUUCGAAUUAGACUCCACCAUCGAUCCAACUGCGAUCCAAAAGCGUCCCCGCCUCGAAUAG